CCCUGCCUCCUGCUGUGACUCAGGAAUGCCCCUCCCUAGGGGUUGAGAUCUGGGCCCAAGGCAAGGCACUGCCUUAAUGGGUUUGGUUUAUUUUGGGGUCCCCUCAGGCCAGGGCUGGGCCCGGCCAUGAGAAGAUGGGGCACAAGGUGAGACUCCUCACCCCACCCCACCCCCAGCUUUCCCAACAAUGGCUCUGCGGUUCCUAUGGCCAACCUUCCUCUCCCCAGUUGCCCUGACAACAGAAAUGGCUCCCGUAGGGUUAGGAUAAUCCUCGGCACCAGAGAAAUUCGGAGUCAUGGAUUGAGCUAAGCUAGGGUGAUUCAGGAAGAGAAAUUACCUUAAACUUUCCCUCCAAAUCUUCCCCAGACGCACUCUGGGUCGGAGAAGCCAUUCGGAAGGGGCCAAGAGAGAGAAGGCUGUGUUGUACCGCUGUACCCCUCAUCCAGCAUUGAUCAAGGGAAUUCGUGACCUAAAAUUACUCAAGGAAGGGAAAUAAAAUGCAGCGGGCGCUGGGAGGAGAGUCUCCUGGACUAGAGCUAGGGUUAGGGAGUGGAGCCCUGAGAAAUGGGGGCUGGGAAGAGUAAACCUGAGCACGCUGCGGGGCGGAGGAAAGGGAGCAGGGGAGGCCCUGGAGUAGGGCGGGGUCCCAGUUUAAAAGCCUUUCCCGGGUCUGACCGGCCUACUACUGGCACUUGCCGCGCCCCACACCCCCCAGGGUGAUUCGAAUAAGGCAGCCUCGGAAACACGCCGAAACCCAGAGCAGUACUGGCCCCGGGAAGCAAGGGCUGCAGGGCCUGAGAAGCACACCCUCGUACCUUAGCGAAGUACUUGGAAGGCUGGAGACCCUGAAUUUGGGAAAGAGCCUGAAGGAACACUGUGGAGGCAGGGGCCAGCUACCUGCUGCUGGCUCUCUGGCUCUGCGAGUGGCCAUACACCUCUAUAUCAAAGACAACGGAUUUGGGGACAAGGUUAACCAUCCCCAUGGCGCUGCCCCGGUCUUCUCCACAUCAGGCCUGGGACCUGACACUCCCUGCUCCCACUGCUUUCGCAUCCUCCACGUCCCGUCCCUCGGAGUCCGAGAGCCCAGGGAUUCCCGGGGAGACUCCCCCGAAGGUGAAGCGGCCCAUGAACGCAUUCAUGGUGUGGAGCUCGGGCCAGCGUCGCCAGAUGGCGCAGCUGCACCCCAAGAUGCACAACUCGGAGAUCUCCAAGCGCUUGGGCGCGCAGUGGAAAUUGCUCGGGGAAGCUGAGAAGCGACCCUUCGUAGAAGAGGCGAAGCGUCUCCGGGCGCGGCACCUGCGCGAGUAUCCCGACUACAAGUACCGGCCGCGCCGCAAGACCAAGAACACCAAUCUGGGCCACGAAUGUCUGGGGCUGGCCAGGGCGGGCAGGGGCAGCGGCAACCACGGUGCUGAGCCGGGCUGGGAGACGGGGUGCUUUGGCUACCAGCCCCAGAACCCUUCUUCCUCCUAUCUGGCCGAAGGCUGCGGAGCUCAUCACUGUAAACCAGAGGCCCUUUCCCUUUGUUCCCUUCCUCUUGGAGCUCCACUCCAAGGGGAGCUUUUGAAUCCCUACAACCCUUAUUCCCCUGGCCCCACCUCCUACAAUCCUCCUCUCCUGGGUCCCACCCCCUGAUCCACCUCUAAUACCCUAGGGUCCAGGGGCCACGAAAUGCCGGGGAUGUGCCUCUCUAGUCCUUCACUCAGACCCCCUCCCUUAACAGCAGUAUCCACCGCCACAAGUAUGCCACCUUCAGGUGACUGGACACUUGGAUUCUGAGGGACAUAAUUAAGGGAGA